CUCCUGCUUGCUCCCGUUGUUUCAGCACAUGAAUCCCCAUCUCGCUCACCGAUUGUCGACCAACAUGUUUGGCAGACCAGCGUAGAUCCAGGGCUUUUGCCUUUCUCAAUCCAAAAAAAAUAUACGGUGGAAAGCCUUUGAUGGACAGCUUCCACGUGAGUGCGAAGUGCAGUAUACAGUAGAUCGACAUCGAUCGCAGAGCUUGGUGGGUGGUCUCACCCAACUUCAAAUCUAUCUCAACUAUUUGGUGCGUUUGGUUCACAGAUCCCAAGCUAGAUCUGUUCUUUCAGUUCAGAAUUCAGACUUUCUUGUGGUACACAUAUGCGACUGAUGUCGAAGGCUGUCCUAGGAUAAGUGAAGGCAGAAGUGGAGGUGAAAAAGCAUGUUGCUUGAGACAGAUCUUUAGUUUGAAGGCUGCGGCGUGAGUGUUGCGUGAGAGCUAUGAUUUGGGAGGUGGAGUUGAAGCUGAUCUUUAUGGUCCUGGAGGAAGUUGUGACAGGAAGUCAAGGUUGAGAAGGUGUGCACAGCGUGAGGUAGAGAGAAACAAGGUUCAGUGUGUUGUCACUAUGGGUAAGAGAGGAAGUGCUUGCGUGUUCGCCCUGCAGCGGGUCUGUGCUUGUUUAGCAGCGGUCCUCUACGUGUGCGCCCAUGUGACCGCCGCCGCGACUUGUAGAUCGACUCGUCUCUCGACCGCCGCCAAUGUGACCAUCUUCCCUACUGAUGCCCUUACUUGCACUGAAUCCCCAGCACCAGAUGGUAUCACCGGCUCCUUCCUUUUGUGGUCACUGAAAGAUCAGGGAACUGGAUACGUUAGCAUUGUCGUGGCGGCCCCUCUAGAUGUUGGGCAAUGGGUAGCGCUUGGAUUCUCAGAACAAGGCGAAAUGAUAAAAUCUACAGCCAUUAUUGUCUGGAUCGCCCGCGGCCUUCCUCGGGUGAGGACCUAUUAUCUCAGGGAUAAGGUAGAAUCAGCCGUUGUACCUGAUGCUACCAGAAUAACCUUCGUAGCAGGUCCGGAGCUUAGCUAUGACAGUAAACAAAAGACUGUUUUCAUGGCGUUUCAAAUCGAUUUUGCCAAGUCGUUGGCUAAGCCUAACUUCCUGCUGUACGCUCAAGGUCAAGAAUCUGCAGACGAUGCGCCAAUGCAGCACAAUGUUCAAUGGAUGGAUAAAUCAUCAUUCCCUACUGGUAGUGUAGGAGAAUCUGCAGCUGAUAAGCUUCAAAAGAGAGUGAGGACUCACGGAGCGUUGCAGGUGUUCGGGUGGGGAAUCCUGCUGCCCAUUGGGGUCCUAUUUGCUCGCUACGCCAAAAGCCUUGACCCUGCGUGGUUCUACAUCCACAUCACGUUCCAAAUGAUAGGAUUCAUAUUUGUCAUUGCUGGUUUGGGCACUGGUGUUAGCCUUGCUAACGAGAUCAAUGUGCAUGGUUUAGCGGGCCACAAAGGACUCGGUUUCUUCCUCUUCGCCCUCGCCAUUUUACAGGUGUUAGCUGUCAUAGCACGCCCCGGGAAGGACGCCAAGCUGCGCAAAUACUGGAAUUGGUACCACUGGUGGGUAGGUCGAUUGGCACUCUUUCUGGCUUGUAUCAACAUCUUCGUGGGCUUAAACCUUACCAAAAAUAAUAGGGCUGGUACAAACCCGCUGAAGACGAGUUACAUUAUACUCCUGGUCUUGGAGCUUGUAGUUUUCGCCAUCUUGGAAGCCCUCUACUGGUUCAAGUGGAACCGAUCCCGUCCUGUCAACACCUCUGGGACUUCCCUUCGAUGGAACCCAACUGACCGAUACUGAACAGCAUGAAACAUGAACAAAUCUUCUGUUUCUUGCAGAAUCAACUAAUUUAUUCUGGCUUCAUUACCAUCCUUAGAUUCACUUUCAACGCAAUGGAGGAUGGAGAGACGCAGCAUCGUAAUUCUACGCAAUUGAUUUCAGCAAGCUUGAGGAGUCCAGUAAAAAUUGCACAACUGGUGCGGCGUUGUUCACGCUGGUGUAGGUACAGCAGCAGGUUGAAAAGGAAGGAUACAUCCUGUUCGCUGGAACAAAUUAAUUGCGGCGUGUGGGAUUGAAACACGUGAUACGUUAGUAAUCCUGUCGCACGGAGAAAGUCUAGAAACGGUGUAUACUUAGAGAUUGUUCCCGUUUCUGACGCUCUGACCGAUGUUGCUACCAUUCUAUCGUAAUCGGACAUUCUAAUAUUACUUUGA